ACAUUGACGAUGUCGUCAACUUGCGUCGGCAAGACCCCAUCGACGCAGGCCGUUCCUGACUGCUGGGGACUUCCAGCCGGCAACAGCGAACAAGACAUUGUGUCAAAGUAAGAUGGGCAAUCGCUCAAUGCUCGGAGUAUACGCUCAACUUCCAAUCUUCACCCUCACAAGAACGCAAUGCACCUUUGCCGUAUCCGUACGCAUUAGGUCCAGCAUUCAGGCAUGCCAGGGCGUUUGCUUAGCAUGGUCUGCUCACUGGAGCCGCCCUGCUUAUCUUUCCGUUGUGACGGCUCGGCUGGUCGGGGCUUUUCGAUCGGAUACCACACCAUAGCAUUGAAGGAAAGACACAACCCACUCAGGGAGUAUGGUGAUAUCAUUUGGUCUCCAGCGCCGGGCUGUGGCAUCAUUGUUUUGAGAAUUAGAGACAAGGUGAAUGCUUCUCACCACAAACCACAGUCAUCUCGAUGCUCUAUCUCGAUGCUCUAUCUCGAUGCUCUA